CUUUUCUGUCAGUGCGAGGUACACAUACUUGUCAUGAGUAUUUGCAAAACGAGAAAAAACACGUGAUGAGCUGCUAACACCGCCUGUCUCUUAAAGAAAACUGUAUAACACAAGACAGCUUCUGAACGCGUUGCACAGUCUGACACAUAACUCGAGACUUCCUCCGCAUUACAGAAAGCGAAAAACAAAUCGCUGCUUCGUUUUUGAGGGGCUUUAACAAUUUAUUUGGAAACUUCCAAAACAGUUUGUCGUGUGUUUAUGGUAUACGCGCUAAUCCAUCGUGGAGCACAUUCAUAACAGCAAUUUUGAGGUUGCAAAAGCGGAAGAAUGGAACAAAGCGAGAGGAAAGUGAACCCCUCUUGCCUGGAAAGACAUUAUUUGGCUCUGACUGUGGACGAUGUUUACGACGUUGCCAAGCUGAUCGGGGUGGAGGUGGAAAAAUUAAUCGACGGCUACGGCAAGGAGAGCGCCGAGGGUCUGGUGCCCAAAAUAGUGAAAGUUUUGGAGCUGCUGGAGAGAUUCGCCGCCAGGAACAACACCCCCGAACAGGAGCUGAUUCGAGCCUUCGAGACGCUGCAAGUUCAGCAGCAGAGGAAAAAAACGACGAAGGAAGCCGAGGACAGAUCCAGGAGAAGCGAAAUCAGGGACCUGGAGUUGAAGGAGCAGAAAUGGCGUAAGAAAGCGGAGGAUAUGGAGGGUCAGGUGACCCAGCUCAGAGAGCAGAACCAGCAGCUCCUGAGCCAGCUCACCUGCAACCACUCCCAGGAAGACAGCACCUUGAGGAAGGAGCGCGAGGUCAUGGUGAAGCUGAAGGAGGUGGUCGAUAAACAGAGGGACGAGAUUCGAGCUCAGGGCCAGGAGAUCUCCAGCAGGACCAGGGAGGUGGAAGCGCUGCAGGAGCAGCUGGAGCGUUUCAUGAAGAUGAACGGGGACCUGCGGCACAAGCAGUCCGUCGCCCAGGCGCAGGUGAAGAGCGCAGUGGAGAGGAAGGCUGACCUGGAGGCCGACCUCAAGGAGAGGCAGAAGGAGAUCGAGAGGCUGAGCGCCAGCCUGAGGGAGUUGCAGCAGAAGAGAGCCCAGGUGGUUCUGAAGAAUACGGAGAUUGACCUCACUAAUAAAAUGGUGAUCGACCUGAAGGACCCCAACCGACCCUGCUUCACCAAACAGGAAGUGAAGCAGAUCCUGGUGGAGAGGAACGAACUCAAAGCCAACCUCUUCCUGGUGCAGGAGGAGCUGUGCUACUACCAGAGGGAGAUCCUGAACGAUGAACGCUGCCCUGGCUUCCUCAUGGAGGCGGUCAGCGCUGCCAUCAAUAAGCAGAGGAGGAAGAUCAAAGCCAAGAUGCUGGGCAUCCCGGAGGGAGAGUGCAGCAGUGACGAGGAGGAGCGAGGAUCCUUCCUCUCUGGGAGGGAGACUGGGACGGACUGUACUGACGGCAAGCCUGCAGAAUCCCGGAUCAGAAACCUGUUUGGAAUCCAAUCCCGACACGGAAGUGGGAAGAGAUCUCCUGAGCCGAAGCAGCCCACGGGAUCAUGGGAAAUCAUAGGAGCAGAAGAAGCAAUGCAGUCUCCCAACACAGAAGCAAUGCAGUCUCCCAACACAGAAGCACUGCAGUCUCCCAACACAGAAGCAAUGCAGUCUCCCAACACAGAAGCAAUGCAGUCUCCCAACACAGAAGCAAUGCAGUCUCCCAACACAGAAGCAAUGCAGUCUCCCAACACAGAAGCAAUGCAGUCUCCCAACACAGAAGCACUGCAGUCUCCCAACACAGAAGCAAUGCAGUCUCCCAACACAGAAGCACUGCAGUCUCCCAACACAGAAGCAAUGCAGUCUCUGAACACAGCAGCAAUGCAGUCUCCCAACACAGCAGCAAUGCAGUCUCCCAACACAGAAGCAAUGCAGUCUCCCAACACAGAAGCAAUGCAGUCUCCCAACACAGAAGCAAUGCAGUCUCCCAACACAGAAGCACUGCAGUCUCCCAACACAGAAGCACUGCAGUCUCUGAACACAGCAGCAAUGCAGUCUCCCAACACAGAAGCAAUGCAGUCUCCCAACACAGAAGCACUGCAGUCUCCCAACACAGAAGCACUGCAGUCUCCCAACACAGAAGCACUGCAGUCUCCCAACACAGAAGCACUGCAGUCUCUGAACACAGCAGCACUGCAGUCUCUGAACACAGAAGCAAUGCAGUCUCCCAACACAGAAGCAAUGCAGUCUCCCAACACAGAAGCAAUGCAGUCUCCCAACACAGAAGCACUGCAGUCUCCCAACACAGAAGCAAUGCAGUCUCCCAACACAGAAGCACUGCAGUCUCCCAACACAGAAGCCAGCUCACCCAAAUGAGGAAUUCUACUGUACAUGUGUAUAUAAUGUUUAUAGAUGUAUAUUAUUCAGAGUUUUAAAAAAAAGUGUAUAUUUUUCUGUCCACUAGGUCUUUUAUAACCAAAAAAAAUUGUGAGAUCACUUAGCUCUCAUUGGAGUGGCAUGCAGUGAAAGCACUAUAAAGGGGAGGGAAUGUGUGUGUGUGUGUUUUUUUUAAUUUUUUUUAUCACUUGCUUGGUUAAGAUCCUGCCUUGAAUUUGAUGCAGUUAAUUGUCAUGAACCCAAUUUGGAGGUCAAAUAGUUGAUCUGUACUGUGUUGAAUUUCCCCAUUACUUUUUUUCUAACUGUAAAUAUGUAGAAAUGUAUGAAUAAUGUUAGGCUAAAAAGAAUACAUGUAUAUAUAUAUACAUAGAGUUUGUAAAAUCAGUCCACUAUCACACACCUGUUAAAAACGAAUUGAGUAAGAAUCAGUAUUACCUUUUCUCCACAAGGAGGCAGUGUGCUGCAGUUGUUGGAACAUGCUGUUGGUUUUCUGUUUACUGUACAGUACAGUACAGUGGGCUCCAAAAAUGCUAAUGGGAAUGUAUGGACCGGAAUGAAAUUGUUAGACAAGAAUGGGAUGGAACAGAGAUCAGAGUUUGAAGCCACACAUGAGAACUUUAAAAACACAGAGAGAAAACAUGCGUCUCCAUAACUGCAGCCUUGAGAAUAUAAUAUGACAGCGUGGCCAUUUCUUGUGUUUAAUACAGCUGUACAGCUGGUUUCACAGUUCCUUGAUUAGCACUGAAUUACGUAAUCCAAGAUAAAUGCUAAUCAGGGUCUGUGAAUUUGGAUCACAUCCAGUAGAACUACUGUGAUGAACAGUAAUGUGUUGUAUUGGGCAGUUCUGUGUUUCCUAUUGUAAAAACCUCAAUAAAAUAAAAUAAAUUAAAAUGCAUGUUUGCAUUAAUUAAAAA